CUCUCACUCCACCCACUGUUCACUAGGUUGAAUGACUGAGCUGCCGGUGUUCGUGUAAUGACACUGGCUUCACACAGAGUCCUCAUCUACAGAGAAGAACAAGAACAAAAACCUAACAGACCGUGACGAAAGUGUGUGAAAACAUGAGACGGGACUCGUUUUAGCUGGACACCGUCCGGCUCUUUUUUUGUCCAUAGUGUGUUGUCGGUGUAAAAACUUGGGCUCUGUCAGCGUUUCGCUCACCGGUGAGCCACUCACCUCUCAGCCGUUACUUUUGACACGGGUUGCCCUCGUUUCACUUCCAGGGGGAAAGUCAAAAACAGCGGAGGAGGAAGACGAAGAAGAAGCCGUGGACACCUGAACUUCCGACGGAAUCAGAAAAUAUCAGCCCGCAGACAGGAUCCUUGAUCGUCAGUGGGAUGUUAGAGCUCUGUAUGCAGGACUGAAGGAGCAUGGUGAAACACCAACCCCUCCAGGUCUAUGAGCGCCAGCUGUGUUUGUCAUGUAUCACCGGGAUCUAUGGUUGCCGUUGGAAACGGUAUCAACGUUCCCAUGAUGACACCACCAAGUGGGAGUUGCUGUGGACUGUCAUCCUCCUUUUCACCUUCUGCCUGCUGCUGGUGUGGUUCUACUUCUGGUGGGAGGCACAUAAUGACUACCAUGAAUACAACUGGUUUCUCUACAACCGCUCUGGGGAGUGGAGUGAUGGCACGGUUCCUAUCUUGGCAACCACCGCUGCUGGCUUCACCUAUAUUGCAUUUUUAAUGGUUUUAGCACUUUGCCACAUUGCACUUGGGCAACAGUUAAAUUUGCACUGGCUCCAUAAGAUAGGUGUGACUGCUGCUCUGAUCACCACCGUUGCUGGGGUGAUCUCUGUCAGUCAAACAUGGGGCCAAGAGUGGGACAUCAUUCCUAUCUCCUUGCAGGCUACAGGUCCAUUCUUGCACAUAGGGGCUCUCGCUGCUGUAACAGCGCUGUCAUGGAUUGUGGCCGGACAGGUCGCCCGCUCAGAAAAAACAAUUUUCCAGGUGGUUGUCAUGCUGCUGUACCUCAGUGUGUUAUUGGGACUCUUUGUGCUGCCCCUCUGCAUCACAUCCCCCUGUAUCAUGGAACCAACCAACCUCAGACCCCGUCCGGAUGUUAUUGGUCACCAGGGAGCCCCCAUGCUUGCUCCAGAGAACACACUUUGGUCCUUUCAGCGAGCUCUUCAGAUGAACGUCACUGGGUUAGAGGUUGAUGUUGCCAUCAGUGUGGAUGGAGUGCCUUUCCUGAUGCACGACCGCACCCUGCAGCGGACCACAGACGUGGAGAAGGUUUUCCCAGACAGGCAGAUGGAUGAAGCCUCGCUCUUUAACUGGACAGAUCUGCAGCAGCUCAAUUCAGGACAGUGGUUCCUCAAGGAUGACCCCUUCUGGACAGUGAACACACUGACCCUGCAUGAGAAGGCUUUGAUUGCCAACCAGAGUGUGUGCAGCCUGGAGCAUCUCCUAAGGUUGUCCUCCUAUCAUAACACCACUGUGGUUUUCAGGCUCAGGAGACCUCCCCAAGAUCAUCCCUGUUACCACAGCUGGAUCAAUGAUACACUACAUGCUGUGCAGCAAUCUGGGGUUCCUCACAGCCUGGUGAUGUGGACUCCAGAUGAGCACAGAGCUCAGGUGAAGCAGCUGGCACCUGAUCUCAUUCAGACCUCAGUGGAGAAACUGAGUCCUCAAAGUCUGAAUGAGUCAGGCAUCAGUACGCUGCUGCUCAGGUACAACCAGGCCAGCACAGAGGAAAUCAGCAAGUUCUCAGAGAUCCACAUCAACCUCACCCUCUACACUGUCAAUGAACCCUGGCUGUACUCGGUGCUGUGGUGCAGUGGGGUGUCAUCGGUCUCAUCAGAAGCCCCACAUAUCCUCAAAAAGGUGCCUUAUCCCAUCUGGCUUAUGAGACCACAGGAAUACUCCCUGAUGUGGGUGUCUGCAGACGUCAUCUCCUUCGCUGUGGUCAUUGGAAUAUUCAUUUUCCAGAACUAUCACAUGAUCAGGUAUCGGAUGAGCGGCAUGCGCAGCUACAACCCUGAGCAGAUCAUGCUGAGUGCCACCGUCAGGAGGCCCAGUCGAGACAUGAGUGUCAUGAAGGAGAAACUCAUCUUCUCAGAGGUGGGGAAUGGAGAUGGCAGUGCCGAGGAGCUGUAUGAGGACAAUGGUUAUGAAUACUACACCAACCAGGGCAUUUGCCAGUGAUUCUAACAGAGCCUGGGUGAUUCUGCUGCAGUGAGACCAAGACAGCAACAGUCUGCAUUCAGAUCAUUCCUAUUUUAGCCAGUGUAACGUCUCCCUCCUCUUCCUCCUCCUCUUCCUGUCCUGCUGAUUAACUGAUCGACUACUGCAGAAAUCAGCCACCCAGUGGAUUCAUGUACAUUCUGUAAAUAGGGUUUUUUUGCUUGUCCAACUACACAGUUUUUAUAAAGACAAUUAGCCAAAUCUGUGGCCUCCUCCUGUCAUAACUAAAUGUGCAAGCUCCCCCCCCCAUUACCAAAGCCUGCUUCUCAAACAUGAAUCUGCAGAUUAGCAACGUAUGACUGAAAGUAAAUUAUAAUUUUUAGCAGAUGGCGUUUCUUUUGAAAAAAGGCUUUUUUUACGAUCUUUUAUUGCAGCAUGGGACAAAAAAAACCUCGGCUAAUAAUAGUACUUUCAUCAAUAUUUAUAUUUAAAGAGAAAUACAAAAAAAAUUAACACAAACAAGCUGUUUACUGCCUUCUUCUAGUCGUAUGUCAGGUUGUCUUGACGGAGGUCGAAUUAUGCAGCCGUUUCCCAAAAUGUAACAACUCUGUGGAGCUGCUCCAUCAUUCAAGCCCAACGUGGCCCAGAACCAAUUGUUCUGUCAAAGUUAAGCCCUCACCAAACACUACAGAUACCUGUGUUCCAGUGUGAAGGUGAGGCGUCAACAAAUCCGCUGACACUUGUUGUAGUCGGUCCACACACUGUAUUUAAAAAGGUUAAAAGAAAGUAGACUAAGUCGUAAUUUAAAUCCCGUGCCCUUUUUCAAAACAUUUCCGAAUACUUAAGGUUGAUUGUAAAUUGUAUUUGUAAUUGUAAAAAAAGUUUAAGCUAGUUAUUUAUUUAUUUUGAAUGACCUCAUGGCCCCCCCUACAGUAUCUUCAUUGCCCACUAGGGGGUUGCGGCGGUCCACACUUUUGUAAUUACUGCCCUGUUGCAUGUUACAGUAAUGAUCAUAUCAGAUGACUUGUCAUGUGAGCUGUGCUCCCAAUGUAUUAAAAUGUUGAACUAGUGAAACUGGUUUGAGGUAGAGCUUUAUGCUGUUUAAAGUGAGCGUGUUAUGAUGGUUAAGUUUCUUUUAAAGGUGUGUAUGGUGUAUUGUGUUGAUCCGGGCUGGAUUUUUUUUUUCUUUUUUUUAAACCUGUGUGUGCUGCUGCUGUGGUGUUAUUGUACAUAAAGGGUGAGCCAAUGCGACAAACGCUCCAGCCAACUAAGAAUUACAUUUGUAAAAUGAUACCAGUUCAGUUGUCACAAUAGCAAAAGCUUAGACAUGACAGAAGAUAUUCCACUUCCUGCACAGCCUGCGGAGUGCGGUUAGGUCUGUGGUGUUGUUGUACAAACACAGUUCAUCUCACUCUUAUUAGACCGGAAUGCUGUAUUCGUUAAUGAAGUGGGUGACGAUUAAAAUGUGAACAUAAAGCUUGAAGCUAACUGAAGGGACACUCUACUACAGGUUUCACAGCAGGCCGCACAGACGUGUGUUGCCUCUUGUUUUAUUUCUUUACCGUGCCUCAGAAUGAAACAUUAAAACAUCUUCAAAUAUGGCAGGUUGUUUUCUUUUAUUUAUUUCUCUCUUUAUUGAGCGUGCUAGUGAUCAUAUUACCGAACAUAAAUCCCUCAUAUAUGAAGAAGUGGCUUUAUUUGGUGUGUAUAGUGGUUAUUUGGAGUCAGUCUGGCAGGAUGUAUUAUUGAGUAUUAAAAGAUGUUGAGAUGA